UCCGGUUAAGUGUUCUUCGAGAUGUACUACCGCCUGUCUUGUGUCGCACUCCUGCUGUUCAGCAUCGGCUUCAGGGUCGAUUGCCUGCAAUUAAGCAACUGCAAUAAGACUGAUGUGCCCUUGAUACCGGAUGCGGAGCUAAUUACAGCCCUCUCGCUGCACAACUGCAGUCUCCCGCGUCUGGAAAAUGCCUUUUUCGUUCGCUUUGGCCAUCUUCUUAAACUGGAACUGCAGUACAGUGGACUUACUGACAUGGACGAUUUCUCUUUAAACGGACUAGCCAAGCUGCACACGUUUUCCCUCAGCCACAACAAUCUAAGCACCUUGAGGUCGUGGUCCAGCGAACCUUUAGCUGCCCUCACAUCUCUGGACCUGAGCUACAACCGGAUGGCCAAAUUGAGGGAAAACAGCUUUUCACUGUUUCCCCAACUGCAGCAGAUCAACUUGGGCUCCAACCAAAUCAGUCAGAUCUCAGAGGACUCCUUCCAUGGGCUAGCUCACUUAAAGCACCUGAUCCUCAGCGGAAACCGGCUGCAACACGUAGAUAGCACCUUUUUCCAGGGGCUGCACCGUCUGUCCAACUUGGCCCUUCACCACAAUCUCAUCGAGAGCAUCGACAUGGACUCCUUUGAAAGUAACACCCAUUUGCGAAGCCUUCGUCUGGAUGGAAAUCUGCUCGUCAGUCUUCAGUUUCUCAGUCAACGAGGUUUAGCCCGGGUCGUUCAUCUGAAUCUGUCCAAGAACCAGGUGCAAAAGCUGGAGGACCAAGGAUUCUCGAAGAACUUUGAACUGCAGGCCCUGGACUUAAGCCACAACAAUUUGACGGAACUCCAAAAGGAAACAUUUUCUGGAUUGGAUUCGUUGGAGCGCCUGAAUAUUAGUCACAAUAACGUAGACCUUGUGGAUGCGGAGAGCUUGCAGUUCCUUUCAAGCUUAAUUCAAAUCGAUGUCAGCCACAAUCGACUGACCACUUUACCAGAAAGGAUAUUCCAAGCCAAUUCACAGCUAGAGGAUGUUAUUUUGUCCCACAACAAGGUGAAGGCCUUAUCACCUCUGAUUUUCAAGCACCAGAACCACUUGCGGUACAUCCACUUGGCCGGAAAUAUCCUCGAAAAGGCCGAAUUCUUAGAAAGUCUAUCUCCAUCCUUGAACCGGCUCUCGCUUUACGUGGACCUGAGCUCGAAUCGCCUGCAGUCGGUCAGUAUGAAGGACAUGCUCCACUUUCGUUAUAUAAACCUGGCAGAUAACAACUGGAGUUGUGCCUGGUUGGUCGGUAAUCUGGUGCGCAAGCUUCCCCCUUCGAUAAACUUUUCUCGUCCCUGGACGGUAUUGAACAACUGGAGCGAAAAACUGACAAAUAUUCAGGGAGUGGACUGCACAGAAGGCAACACAAAUCGAUCUAUUAUCCUCCUAAAUGUGGGUGAAGUUCUCCAUAAUGAAAAACAAAAUUGCAGCAGCGGGCUCUCAUUCGAUGGGGCAAACCCCUCCCCACCUCCUCUGACCUGGCCUAAAAUACCAACCGAUCGGUUCGAUUCCAGAUCGGUUAUAAUAUGGAUGCUGGUGGCCAUUGCAAUCGCCUUUGCUGGACUACGAUGGCUAAGGAGAUUCGUGGAUCGCAACGAAAAUAGGACAGGUGAAAAGUUGAAGGCCCUGAAUAACAUGUACGUCAGCAAGCUCGAGUGGCAGCCCAUUAGAAAAGAUCAUCAGAGAUCGUAGCUUUCAUCCCACUAACAACUCGACAUUUAAAAGCUAUUACAAACAAAUGUAUUGAAAUUUCUAAACAUGUAAUAUGAUUACAAUGUAAGCUUAAAUAAAUCUAACCUAGGCUAUAA